CCCUCCCUCCCUCCCUGCAGUCACUCAGUCAGUUUUUUACAAGCUGUUGCAUGCAGCUUCCUCCACAACGCGUGGGUGAAAGCAACAGGAAGAUGAGAGGAGAAGAGAGGUGGGAACUGCAGCUGCCCAGCCGGGAAUGAAGGCGCAAGUAUGCCCUGUGAGACGGUGUGGAGGACCCGCCACAUUUACGCACAGAAAAAGAAGUGAUUGCGAAUCGGAUCUUGGCGUUCAGUGUCGUCGGCUUGGCUGAGAGAGAGAAAAAAGUUUCUCGCAGAAGUAGUCUUCAUCAACCAGCAGAGAUGAGAUUGAUUUUUUCUACAAGUUGGAUAGUCCGAGGCUGGAUAACGUGCGUCCUCGUCACCUUUUACGCACAGAAUGCGGUCACCAAAUCUCUCCAGUGUGAAGAGACACAUUACUUAAAAAACAACAGAUGCUGCAAGAAGUGUGAACCAGGCCUCCGUGUGUUUGCUGACUGCACUGAUUCUCACCCGACUAUAUGCAAUAAAUGCAAUCGUGGUGAAUACCAGCCUGGCUGGACUAGCGAGCAGCGCUGUCUCCAGCAGAAGUUCUGCGACCCAGUUAAGGGUUUUAUGGUGAGGCCUGAAAACCCAGUGGCUGAGGAGCCGUGUCGCUGCGUCCCCAGCCUUCAAUGCUAUCCAAUCAACUGUGAGUACUGUGAGGCGAUACCCACCUGCAGUGCUGGAUAUGGACUUGAGGUGGAGCCUGAGUCUACUAAUGGAAGGAAGAUCUGUGUUGCAUGUAAGAAGGGCUUCUUUGCUGAGAAUGGUGCCGAACAAUGCAAACAAUGGACAAAUUGUAAAGCUGAGGGUAGGAGUGAAAUACAGCCGGGCAGCACUCAGGCUGACGCAGUGUGUGGACCACCUGUAUCUGGUGCAGCACCCUCCUGGGUUAUAGUUUCAGUGCUGUCAGUCAUCACCGUUUUGUGUCUCCUCAUCCUGCUCCUCUUCUGCUACAAGGACAAACUGAAAUUACUCUCUGUAAAUCUGCGAUCCUGCGUCCAGAAUCUGAAGAGGACUAGGAUACAACAGGAGACCUUGGCCCCUCUUUAUCACAGUGGAGCAGGAGGAGGAUGCCCUGGAGGCCCCAAAUGCACACCUUGUGAGACGACCAAACUCAUCUGCCAGGCUCCCCACAGCCCCACUGAUGAGACCUUCCCCACAUCUGUGCCCGACAUCAAAGUUUCACUGCCGCUCACAGGGGAAUUGACAGAGGUUGAAGGCACCAAGGGGAAGACAGCGAUGGAGGAUCAGAGUGAAGGGUCUGGAGAGCCUGAGGAGGUGUCAGAAGAAGAGGAGGUUGUGAGUGUGUCUCCUCUUUUGGCAGGUUCUUGUGUGUGUGUCAUUCCCGUCCGCGAACCACUGGAAGUAGGGGAGAACGAGGACUGUAGCCAGGCUGUCAGCCCCGGGACUCCAGCAACCUGCUCAUGUGGAGGGCUUGAUGGAGAUGAGAGUAGCAAAGAGGAGAAAAGUGAGAGUAUAAGGCCAGACAAUGGUGGUGAAAAGAGUGAUGGAAAUCAAGACGACAGGAUGGUGUUGUCCAAGAGUGACACAGGUGUUCAAUCUCUUGUCUCUCUUUCUCCUCCACUUCUCCACACCUCCUCUGUAAUCCCUCCACCCAGUCCACUUCCCGAACUCUGCCUGCCAUUGUCCCAAGUUCAGGCCAGAUCGGAGUUCAAACCUCACCUGGCUGACAGGUCACUGGUAAAACAGGAGGAAUUAUACAGACUGAUGAGCACAGACUCCACCUCAACAGAGAAUAGUACAACCUCCCCAGUGACCUCGGUCAGCCCCUUGAUGACUUCCCCAUCUGUUGGAGAUCUGUACCUGGACAAGUCCCCUGAGGGCUCGAGUCCAGAGCAAGGCCAGGGACUUUCCUGGGGGGAUAGCAGGGGAAACAAGCUCUCUUCUGUGGAGUCAGAACUGGAGUGCACACCUGAGAGCCUCCAUAGUCAGCUGGCUGAACAAACUCUUACCUCAGGUCAGGUGUCUGGGAACCACAACACCACUUUCAUCUCUAGCGGCCAGGUGAUGAACUUCAGCGGCGAUGUCAUUGUCGUCUAUGUCAGCCAGACAUCUCUGGGCAGUGAUGGGGCGGGGCAGGACGAUGCUUUUGGGAGCCCUGUUCAGGAAGAGGCCAAUGAGACAGCCCCAUUUUUCCAGAGCUGUCUGAGAUCACAAGGGGACUCCAUUUCCCACAGCACCUUGCCAGAAGAGACAUUGCCAGUCCAGGAAGUGAUGGCGGAGCGAUCACGGGGAAAGUGAAAAUUGACUAAUGGCUGUUUAUUUUUCAGUACAUGAUGGUAGAAAAGUGACCUCUAAACUGUUGGUUGCUUCACUUCAAAUUUCUUAGCUCCCAAUAAAUUUAAAAACAGCACGAAAAAACACGAUUGUCUACCAUACCAGCUUUCUGUACAAGAACAAGGAAAGGAAGGCUUCUAAUUAAAAUGAUGGAAUGUAUUUCACACAUUGGUCUGUGAAUCCUGCCUCAGGCAUCUAUAAAGUGCCUUUGUUUAAUUUUCCACUUAAAAGCUGCAGGCUUUUUCAGAUGGAAACUCCCUUCAUUCCAGACAAUGAUGGGGAAUUUUGUUGGGAAUUGGAUGUGGAACUGAAGUUCAGACUGGAAGAACGUCAUGUUUUUAUUCUUGUAUGGAAAUUUCAGCUGGGUCAUGGUACCGAGGAGUUCCUACAUUUUUCAUUUCCUACCUUCCAGCAUUGAAUAACCCAGGUUAAACUCUCCUAGCCAUUCUAAAUUUGAUAUUUGGAUGAUUUUAAGAGUUUCCUUACAUAAAAAAAUGUCCACCAUGUGGAAAUAGUUGUGUUUGCUCACACAAAACGAUGCAAUAUUUUUAUGGUAGAAAAUUCAAUUGACUGAUCUGGCUAGGUAGAAUCAAAGUUUGUAAAAAGAAAUGUAAAAAAAUUACAAAUUUAAAGCAUUUCACUGAAUGAAUUUACCUUUUUCUUCUGGUUUGCAGGGUUUAACAAAAGCUAUUUUACAGUAAAGAGACACAUUGAGUUUUGAUGCUUGUUUAUCCUGUAUGUAUGGCUUUUUUUUUUCUUUUUUUUUUUAAUUAUUGCACUACAAGUGCAGUUUGUGUCUAAGAAAAAAUGCUAUGCAUUUGAUAAGCUAUUUUAUUACUGGUUUUGUUUUUGUUUUUUUCAUUAUGUUUUAAUGUGCAAGCCUUAAUGAAGAAAAGUCAAAUGUCAUCCUGUUUAUAUUUAGUUUUAAUUAAUUUUGCAAAGUAGAUUGUAUUAUUUCAGAAGAUGCAUAUGUGAUCAUUGUUUGUAUAUAUUUCAAAAGAAGCUUGAUGUAUUUGUGACAACAAGAAUGAAAAUACUCUUUGUGCUUCCUGUCAUCUGAUCUGAGGGGUGAAUGUGUUAAGUGGAGCCAUUAACAACAGGCAAAGCACGCACGCUAUAGGGGUCGAAAGGGACUGUUCAAUUACAACUUCACCAUAUGUAUGCAGCCUUUUAAUGAUUCUGUACAUAUCAAUCAAACAAUUGCAAUGAAUGACUAAUAGAAUAUUUUGAUUGAAAUUAAAUAUGUUUUGCAUCUAAUCCUUUCAGGGAUGGCUGCUAUCCUGCAUUCUGUGGUUUCUCUCUGUUAACUUUCCUAUUCUUGGAUUGACAAAUUACAGUGAAGAGUCAUUUAUCUCCCCUAGAUGAUCUAUAAUCUUUGUGAAGCAAUGCUAAUUACAUAUGUGGCAAGGCCUCUCUGUCUUUGUCCCUGUGUUGACAGACAGACAGACAGGCAGCCUUUCAUCAGGCCUGGGGAUGGCGA